AAUCCAAAGACCAAACCCAUCGCCUUCACACACUCUCCCAAUAGAGCGGCGCCAAAACCACGGGACCGAGGAGGAACGAUGCUCUGUUCAGUUUCACUAUGCUGAAUUCCGAUAAUGAUUUUAGAAGAAUACGGCUCAUAGAGACCUUGCAAGAACAGGUUUUUGUUUUUUGAAUUUCUUUUCUGGGUAAAAGAGUGCUGGAAUAGUGGGAUUUAGCUCCAAGGGAAUUCCAAUUAAGUGGUUGCGGCAUUGCCAUAGGAGCCCUUAAUUGUAAACAGUGAAUUGAAAUGGACUCCUUGCUAGGGUUUAUGGAAACCAUGAGCAGCUUCGAUGUCGAUGUUGAUGUCGGCCGAUCAUGUGACUACAAGUUGGUUCCAUGGCUUACCUGGGAUGAAUGGGACUUUGUCAGAGACUCUCUCUUCUCUUCUUUCCCACACUCCAUUGCCUCGGCUCUUCGAAGAAUAACGGUGUGGCGAAGCAGAGGGUGUCUUCCUGUUGUGAUUGAAGUAACUGCUUCGAUUGUUGAAAUUCAGCAAAAAGAUCCUUUUUUUAGAGUUGACCUUAGUAAUGAUGCUUUGGACUCGGAGGAGAUGCUGACGAUGCUAUAUUGCAUGGCAAUUGUGAGGCUUGUGAAUGGUAUUGUUGAGAAGACACGCAGAAAGACAGAGGUAUCAAUUGCGGAGGCAGCUGAUGCAAUCAAUAUUCCACGUAUGUUGAUUGAUAUUCGCCAUGAGGGUUCUCACCGUGAUCUCCCUUCACUUCGGCUGGUUCGUCUUGCUUCAAUUAAGGCGCUAGAUUGGUUGAAGUCUUAUUAUUGGGAGCCUCAAAAGAAGGCAAUUCCAUUUCAAAGUGAUGGCAUUGGUAGCCUCCGAAAAGAAAUCAAGUAUAGACUCUGUGAAUUGGCUUUUUGGUUGAAAAUCAAGCACACUAAAGGUUCAAGUUCUUCAUUAGCUAAGGGGAAACGGACUAAACAUUGCGAACAACUUUGCAGGCGUAAUAAGUUUCUCUCUCUUAUGGCCGGCAAACCCCAAUCUUCAAAGUCUGCAGGUUCUAAGAAACAGAUCACCAAGGCAUUCAAACAUCUUAUUCGAUUAUAUUCUUCCUACUCCUUAGAAGUAGUGUCUGUUUUAGUACAGCUUUUGUUGAACGGAUCAGAUUCGAAAAGUUAUCAAGUCAGUCAUAGUGCAACUCAUGUGCAGAGUCUAUUUGAUGAUUGGAAGCCUGUCGUAAAGAAAUUGUCAAAUAAAGAACCAGAGUUGCUUCUGAACCUUAUUAAGGCAGUCCUUGAAAAGAUUGAGACUCAAGAGGCCAUGGAAUAUGAAAGUGGAGAACAUGCCAUAUCAGAGAAUACAACUGGGGUGCACCACAUUGAAAGACUUUCGGAUCUGUUUGAGUGGCUAGUCAGAAAUCUGAAGGGACUGAAGCCUAUAGGGCGGGGACAUUCUGCUACUGUAACUGAAGGUUCUUCAAUAGAUACAAGUUUGCCAAAGGGAACUCUGGUGAAACUCCUACGAAAAUCUCUUCUGGUUUCAAGUCCUAGCAACAACCAGCUCAGGGAUGCGGCCUUAGUUCUCGCACAGAUGAUUGGAAAUAGCUCUUUGGUUCAGAAACUGAACAAGCUAUGUUUUCUAGAGGCGUCAAAUCCUACGUUUGAUGAAGAAAACUCUCCUGCCACGAGUUCUGAAAGCAACCUUGCUCGGCUAGAGGAUUCUAUUCACCAAGCAGCCAAGAAGCUUGAGUUUGUUAAACUUCGCCGAGUGAAGAGCAAUGUGUUGAAGACAACGGAUGGUGAUGUGGGAAAUAAGAACCGAUGGGUUAUAACAAAAUCAUGGAACUCGUGUCCGAUUGGUAUGUUGCCCUGUGAUGUUGGUUCUUCUGGUCGGCUUCCUGUUCUCGACUGUGAUGAUGAUGAUAAAGAUCUAAAGCCAUUAGAAAGCAAGGAACAGAGAGCAUUGAACGAGGGUAUGCUCAAGCGAGGACUCGAUUGUGAUGUUGAGCUUUUCAAUAACUUGUGUGUUAAGAAGAUGAGGGGGAGUGAAGGUGUGUGUGAAUCUGAUGGUAAGGAUGAUACAUCGUCAGAAGGUGUCAAGGGCCGGCUGAUGAUUGGUGGGGUUUGGAAGAAAGUUGAGGAGGAAGAGGUGUUUGCCAUUGCAUCAGCUGUAAGGAUUUUGGUUUAAUUAUUACUCCGAGCAAGGAAUUUGCAGAAUAGCCGAGUCGAUUUUAAAUGGUUUAGUUUGGCUUAAUCAUUUUUGUCCAUCCCACUUUAUAUUUUUUUACUUCCAAUAGCUGUAUCUUUCUUCCUUUUUUGGUUGUGUUGUAGGUUAAUCUUCAUAUAGUAGUGUACUAAAACCAAAUGCAGGACGUCCCUUGCUUUUCCUAAUGCAGGUAUGGUCCUGCACAAUACGCAGCAUUCCAUUUUCAUUUC